AUGUCGCAUAAUGGAGCUUCUUCCCCAGAGGAGAAUCAGACUCCGCAGGGAGGAGACGCAGGUCAGACUCAGACAGGGACAGGGACAGGGACAGGGGAUACAACACCCAUGCCACAAUUGCCUAGGAGUCUGUCGUUGAAUUCAGUGCCGUCGCAGGAUGGCCUCAGUGCUGGUGGGGGAGGACGCCCCUCCAUCUCGCCUUCCCGAACACUCUCCGACUCGGGGCGGAGAGCUUCGCAACAGCAGCAUGUUCGUUUUUCGGUGGAUCUCGAAGACGACUCGACGGAGGACCCCAGACAGACGAUUCGGGAGAGACAUCGACGGACGGCUUCGAGAGGGUUGACCGUCAAUACUAACCUUGCCCCUCCGCAAGCUCGAUCGCUGUCUGGCCGGUCUCCAGAACGUGGCCCUACCUCGCCUCUCUCCCCGAAUACAAUGCUUUCUCCUCCAUCGCCGCAGAACCCUGAAACGGGUCGUUCCCGAUCGCGCAAUCGUGGUUAUUCGCUUCGUCGGACGAUCUUCGCUAAGAAUAUCGAGACCCAGUCGAGGGAGACUUCUCCGGAAACAAAUGUCCCUCAGCCGGUCGAAGAGGUUCCCGCUGGAACUUCACAGCGGUCGUCUGAAGAUGAGAAGCAUCAAAUAACCGUGGCACCGACCACCACCGUCGAGUCUAGUUCAAAGGAUGGCGGUUCUACAUACUUCUCUGACCCCUCGGAUGGUCUCAAGGAUGACAGACAUUUCUUCACGACUCUUUCGCACGAGAAGUGGCUGAAGAAGAAGGCUGCCACUGCAGUGAUCGUGGACCGGUUAAACAAUGCCCUCGAGGCUGUUCGGAAGACUAUUCUGCGGAUCAAGGAUAUCCCACCUAGCAAAGAUGGUCGCCAUAUUGAUCUUGACCCCACACGCACCGAUGUGCUGAUCGAUGAGCGCACCGGGAAGCCUUACAUCGAAAAUUGGAUUCGGUCCAGUCGUUACAGCUUCUGGAGCUUUUUCCCGCGACAGUUCUGGGCGCAAUUCACCAAACUUGCCAACUUUUAUUUCCUGGUCGUCGCCAUUCUGCAGAUGAUUCCUGGUUUGAGUACAACGGGUACCUAUACAACGAUCGUUCCCCUGUUGAUCUUCGUGGGUAUCUCCAUGGGCAAAGAAGGAUUUGACGACUGGCGUCGGUAUCGUCUGGACAAGGAAGAGAACAAUCGCUACGCUUCCGUUUUACGAUUGGGCAGUCAAAUUGGAGCCCCGGAAUCGGCCAAGGACAACUCGUCCGAAUCGAGUGAUUCCCAGGAUUGGACCUCGAUCAAAUGGGAGGAUAUCAAAGUCGGCGAUGUCAUUAAAUUGGAGCGGGAUCAGCCUAUUCCCGCGGAUAUCGCUCUCUUACACGCGGAUGGGCCCAACGGAGUGGCCUACAUCGAGACCAUGGCUCUUGAUGGCGAGACCAACCUCAAGAACAAAUCGCCCUGUCAACCCGUUUCCAAGGUGUGCUCGACUGUCGAGGACAUCUGCAGCACCGACAUCCAUUUUGCCGUCGAAGACCCGAACCUCGAUCUGUACAAAUUCGACGGAAAUGUGACCAUUGCUGGACAGGAAAAGCUGCCAUUGACCAACAAUGAAAUCGUCUACCGUGGAAGUAUCCUGCGGAACACUGAACUUGCAAUUGGCAUGGUCAUCUACACCGGCGAGGAGUGCAAGAUUCGGAUGAAUGCCAACAAGAACCCCCGGAUCAAAUCUCCCACGCUCCAGGGCAAGGUCAACCGCGUUGUCAUGCUGAUUGUGUGUCUCGUCGUUGCUUUGGCCGUCGCUUGUACUAUUGCAUACAAGUUCUGGUCUGCUGAUGUUGAAGUUCACUCCUGGUAUCUCCAAGAGGCAAGUGUGAGCUAUGGUCCCAUUUUCACUUCCUUCCUCAUCAUGUUCAACACUAUGAUUCCGAUCUCACUCUAUGUGAGUAUGGAAAUUGUCAAGGUUGUCCAGAUGUUCCUGAUGAACGACAUCGACAUGUACGAUGAGGAAACGGAUACCCCACUUGAAGCGCGAACGUCGACCAUCAACGAGGAACUCGGACAAGUCAGCUAUAUUUUCUCUGACAAGACUGGUACCCUCACCAACAACACGAUGCGCUUCCGCAAAAUGAGUGUCGCCGGUACUGCAUGGUUUCACGACUUUGACUUGCGCGAAGAGGCUGCCAAAGAGGGAGACCGGGCGAAGCUGAUCCAUAAGAAACGAAGUGCCAAGGGCAAGAAGGCCAUUGGUCGCAAGUCUAACGCUUCUCAAGCUCGGAGUGCCUUUGGAAGGCUUUCGAACGUUUCUGGGACUAUGGGCGUGGCUGGUUCCACAUCCAGACCCCAGAAGACCACCUACAACACAAUUGAUAUGGUGGAGUAUAUUCAACGCAAACCUUACACUGUCUUUGCACGCAAGGCCAAGAUGUUUCUGCUGUCUAUCGCUUUGUGCCAUACCUGCAUUCCCGAGACUGACGAGCUUGGAGACAUCUCGUACCAAGCAUCGUCGCCUGACGAGCUGGCUUUAGUCAUGGCAGCACAGGAGCUUGGAUACCUCGUUAAAGAUCGACAGUCGAAUACGGUGACCGUCCGGACCUACCCGAGUGGACCGGAUGAGCCAUCUUGUGAUGAGGUUUAUGAAGUUAUGGAUGUCAUCGAAUUUUCGAGCGCACGGAAGAGGAUGUCUGUUAUCGUUCGCAUGCCAGAUCAACGCAUUUGUGUCUUCUGCAAAGGCGCUGACAGUGUCUUGAUGAAGUUGCUCAAGCAUUCAUCGCUUGCCCAAGAGAAAGCGGUUGAGAUCGAAAGACGCGCUAGCAAACGCAAGGCAGCCGAGGCAAAUCAAGUUAUCAGACGUAACAGCGAGUACCACAGCCGAAGGGACAGUGGGGUGAGAUCCAGCUAUAGCCGGCCCAGCAUGUCGCGCAGACGGUCUAGCGUUUCUGGAAAGCGUGUGUCCGCUUUGCGGGAAAGUAUUGAUGUUUGGCUGCGAGACCGGGAAACAGACGGAGGUAUUUUGACGAAGGGAAAUGACGCUGAGUAUUACAGCCCGCGGCCCUCUGCUCAAUUGAGCAGAUACUCGGCCGCUUUUUCGGACUCAGGAAGCUCCGUUCACGAUGACGAGUAUGAGGAACUGGUUGAGGAGGGUUUGGUGGUGAAUGAGGCGGCUGUCUUUGAGAGAUCUUUCCAGCAUCUGAAUGACUUCGCCACGGAAGGUCUGCGGACGCUCCUUUACGGUCACCGCUUCCUAGACGAAUCGGCAUACAACAACUGGAAGAAGGCGUACCAUGAAGCCAGCACCAGCCUGGUUGACCGACAAGAAAAGAUCGAACAGGUCGGCGAGCAGAUUGAGCAACUGCUGGAGCUGACUGGUGCCACGGCUAUUGAGGACAAGUUGCAGAAGGGUGUACCGGAGGCUAUUGACAAGCUGAGACGAGCCAACAUCAAACUCUGGAUGUUGACUGGUGAUAAGCGAGAGACAGCCAUCAACGUUGGACACUCAUGCCGCUUGGUCAAGGAUUACUCGACUCUUGUCGUUCUCGACCAUGAAACCGGUGAUGUUGAGCAGUCGAUGGUGAAGCUGACUGCGGAUAUCUCAAAGGGCACUGUGGCGCAUUCGGUGGUGGUGGUUGAUGGGCAGACCCUUACGAUGAUUGAGUCGGAUAGCACCCUGCGCGUCCGGUUCUUCAAUCUUGCCAUUCUUGUCGAUUCCGUCAUCUGCUGCCGUGCCAGUCCGAAGCAAAAGGCCUUCCUGGUCAAAUCGAUUCGAACACAAGUCAAGGAUUCAGUGACACUGGCGAUUGGUGACGGAGCAAACGACAUUGCCAUGAUCCAGGAAGCGCACGUGGGCAUUGGUAUUACCGGAAAAGAAGGGUUGCAGGCAGCCCGCAUUUCUGAUUAUUCGAUUGCGCAGUUCCGGUUCCUUCUGAAGUUGCUUCUCGUUCACGGGCGAUGGAAUUACAUCCGUGCGUGCAAGUAUACUCUCGGAACGUUCUGGAAGGAAAUGUUGUUCUACCUAACCCAGGCGCUUUACCAGCGGUGGAAUGGUUACACGGGAACCAGCAUUUACGAGUCAUGGAGUUUAAGUAUGUUCAAUACGCUGUUCACCUCGCUAGCGGUUAUUUUCCUCGGGAUCUUCACCAAGGAUCUGUCAGCGUCCACGCUUCUAGCUGUCCCGGAGCUGUACACCAAAGGCCAGCGGAAUGAUGGGUUUAACAUCCGGUUGUAUCUCGGUUGGACCUUCAUGGCGACGUGCGAAGCCAUGCUUGUAUACUUUGUGAUGUACAGUCUCUAUGGUACUCCGCUCAACAACAACUCGGACAACGACAUCUUCUCACUGGGUCUUAUGUGCUUCACCGCAUGCGUCAUCGUCAUCAACACCAAACUGCAGUUCUUGGAGGUGCACAACAAGACGAUCUUAUCGGUGAUUGUGUUUGUCAUUUCGGUAGGCGGGUGGUUCUUGUGGAACAUGAUCCUGUCCGUUCGGUACACAAUGAGCUCAGGCAAGGGCGUGUACCAUGUGAUUAGCAACUUCCUGAACCAUACCGGCCGUGACCUGUCGUUCUGGGUGGUCCUCUUACUGAUCGUGGUAGCCGUGAUUGUGUUUGAGAUGCUUGUGAGCGCCGUACGAGCGAAUCUCUUCCCGACAGACGUGGACGUCUUCCAGGAGUACGAGCAGGACUUGGAUAUACGGAAGCGAUUCGAGGAGGCGGCCGCGUCGGAGCUCCAACAGGGCUGGGACCACGGCAAGAAGAAGCCCAGCUUUGAACUGGCGCGCGAAGAGGAGGAGAUGGAAGCGCGCGAGCGGCAAGUGCAGGAACUGCUUGCCCGACCUCGGGUCAUGACUAAGACCGGAGAAGAACAAGUCGAGAUGGAGCCAGUGGAGCAGGACGGAUAUCGGAAGGGGGCGACUACGACAGUGACAACUCCUACAUCUCCGGCCGAGGGCGGAGCGUCCCGGCGACGGUCGGUUGAGAUUCACGAAUUGCUGUUUACAAAGGGAUUCGGAUCGAUCAGGAAGGGCAACCUGAAGUGAUAUUACUGUUUUUGUGUAAUGUGUAUUGUAUUAUCUUCUUCUUCUUCUUUUUUCUCAUUUCUUCAAGCGUGACGGCGUUGGGAAUACCCCCUUCGAGUUUGUCUCUCACUUUUGAUGGUGUACAGGAGAAACCUGAUGUAUGGAUCAGGUUUGGAUAUUGGCAUUAUUCCAGUGUCAUUGUUUUGAAUGUGUAUUUUAUAUGAUAGACUAUUAGACGGGGAGAUCCCACAGACAAGAUGAUUGUUUUUGUUACUUUUUUUCUCAGUGGUCAGUAC